AUGACGCCUGAGCCCGCGCUCGCCGUUUCAGCGACAGGAUUAGGGAGUUAAGGAAGUAGUUGGGGGUCUUGGUGUGGGGAGUCCAGGCGCAGCCAAACGGAGCUACAUCGGGCAGCCAGGUAAUAAUUUCAAGAUGCCAGGGCGUUCCACUUCAAGUUCAGGUUCAACUGGUUUUAUAUCCUUCAGUGGUGUAGAAUCUGCACUCUCCUCCUUGAAAAACUUCCAGUCCUGCAUCAGCUCUGGAAUGGACACAGCUUCUACUGUUGCUUUGAAUCUUGUGGAAACUCAGACUGAAGUGAGUAGUGAAUACAGUAUGGAUAAGGCAAUGGUUGAAUUUGCAAUGAUGGAUCGGGAACUAAACCAUUAUUUAAAGGCUGUUCAAUCUACAAUAAAACAUGUAAGAGAAGAACGUCCAGAAAAAAUACCCGAUCUAAAAUUAUUAGUGGAGAAGAAGUUUUUGGCUUUACAGAAUAAGAAUUCUGAUGCAGACUUUCAAAAUAAUGAGAAAUUUGCACAAUUUAAACAACAGCUGAAAGAACUAAAGAAGCAAUCAGUGAAACCUAAAGAAGAUGGAGGACACAAUGAUUUCGACCAGAUUAAGGAUAAGGAUGCAAGUAGAGCAGGCAAUGAACGAGAUGGUCUUCAAGCAGACAGAGAGGCUGACAGCACGGAAGGAGUUGAUGAAGAUAUGAUUGUGACCCAAAGUCAGACCAACUUCAUCUGCCCCAUUACACAGUUGGAAAUGAAGAAGCCAGUGAAAAAUAAAGUGUGUGGCCACACCUAUGAAGAAGAAGCCAUUGUUCGCAUGAUUGAGUCCAAGCACAAGCGGAAGAAAAAGGCCUGAGACUUGUGUUUGUUUAUUUGAGACGGGGUGAGAAACAAGGUUCUCCUGCAUCGACCUCUCCUCCGGGAAGCCUUCCUGGAACCCCCAUUUGUGCUGCGCAAGGUGCCCCACCCCUGUGCUCCCACGACGCCUGCCUCCUGCCAGCAUUGUAGGUGGGCCCGGUUCUUCUCCACAAGGUUCUAGAGAACGGAAGUUGUGUCCUAGAGCAGGAACCAGCUUAUUGAGCACCUGAGUGAAUUCCUGGACCGUUGUCGCAUGCAUCCUACUCAUUCUCACAACAACCCUAUGCUCUGCCUUCCUAGAGGAAGAAACUGAGGCCCAUUAAUGACAUCAGUUGCCCAGAGUGUCACAGCCAGGAGGCUUGAGCCCAGGUCUUUUUCACCCUUGAGCCUGUAGUUGUGUCUUUAGGCUGUCUGGCUCCCGUUGGGAGGGCUUUUUGGUUAAUGCCUCUGUCCCCUGGGCUGAUACCCUAAGUGAGCUCAGACCUCUUUGUGUGACACGGGUGGCCCUGGGAUAAUGUGCAUGCAGCUCUGCAGCUGACUGGUGUGGUUAAUCCCACCACACAUUCUCAGAAUGCUCUCAUUUACUGACUAAAACCAGUGAUGUCAUCAGGAAGUCCUCCCCACCCCACUCUCCACUUCCCUAAAACAGCUUAUUCACUGUCUGACUAUUGGUGCUAAAGACUUUGUUCUGUGAAGCGGGGGGACUACAGCCUGGCAGUCAGUGCGAAUGAUCAGUGGGUUGAUAAGCGCUAACUGAGGGUCAUCCCAACCACCGACUUCAGGUUGCAUUUCCAUGUCAUGGAAGUUGAAGUGAUGAAAAAUGCCUUUGCUGAAGUCAGGAAAGUGUCCAUAUCCUUUUCAUAAUCUCACCUUAGUUACUUUCAUACUGAAAGAAAGAAUUCACUUUGAGACAGCAGGGUGUUUUAAACCAGUGUAAAGCAUGUCUCAAGCACCUCCAAUCCUUCCCCUAACGCAAAGCCAAAUCAUCAUACCUGGGCCAAAUCACCCCCAUCAUCUUUCAUAUGAUUGCCUUUCUUUAAUCACAUUUUAACACAUGUCCCCAACCAUAC